CUUGUAAAGGCAGAGUAAUAGUUAGCCAACUAGCAAAGUUUGGCAGCUGCCUUUUGAACUUAGCCCAUGUUCACGUGAUCUGCUUCUUCUAGCAAGGGCAUUUUAUUUUUUUCUUGCACUUGUCAAUACUCUUAUAUAAUUCCUACUUCUCUACAAGAAUUUUACACAUUUCCACUCUACUCUCUCUUUGUUUCAAAAUGGACUCCAGCAAAAUCUCAGCUCUCCUCCUCAUUUGCAUGCUUUUCAUUUCCUCAGCCACUCCAAUUCUAAGUUGUGCUUCAUGUGGCAAGGCACCACCAAAGCAUAGAAAGCCUAAGGGAAAGUCUCCUAAAGGCCCCAUUACUUUGCCUCCCAUUGUUACUAUCCCUCCGAUUGUAAAACCCCCGGUGACAGUCCCUCCAGUGACUGUUCCUCCAAUUGUGAAGCCACCCAUUAACCUCCCUCCUGUGACAGUUCCUCCAGUGACGGUGCCUCCUAUUACUAACCCACCAAGUGGAAAACCCUGCCCACCCCCACCAGCCCAGGCCACUUGCCCUAUUGACACACUGAAAUUGGGUGCUUGUGUGGAUCUGCUUGGAGGGUUGGUGCACAUUGGUCUUGGUGACCCAGUUGUCAACGAAUGCUGUCCAGUUCUUGCAGGACUUGUUGAGCUCGAAGCUGCAAUCUGCUUGUGCACCACUCUCAAGCUCAAGCUUCUCAAUCUUAAUAUUUAUGUGCCGCUUGCUCUACAGCUACUUGUCACUUGUGGGAAGACACCCCCUCCCGGUUACACUUGCUCUCUCUAGAUCCAAGGUUGCUAGAUUCAUGGACGCUCUGAUGAAAUCGACAUGAGAGGAUGUCGAGCUUUUCUCUUUCUUCCCUACCCCUUCCUCUUUCUCUCUCAAUUAGAUUGGAAAUUAUCUCUGCUGGUUAGCAGCUCUUAUUGUGACACCAUAUUUUUUUUCUUCACUUUUUUAAAGAUGGUUGCAAGCGUGUUUUUGUCUUCCACAAAAGAAGCAAUCAAGAACGAUAUUUCUCUUUUUCAUGAUUUUCCGGGAUUCUCAUUUUGUUGUUUAUGGUAGAGGGGCCGGGGUAUAUAACUUUUUCCAUGCUUUCCUAUUCAAUUUUUAAUCACUUCCUUCCUACAGUAAAAUGCAUGUGAAAAGUCUUAAAACUUUAAAAGCCUUGAAGAAACGAAAAUUUUGAUUCCCUGAAGAAUCGCUUCAUAUGAUCAUAUGAUAGUAAUUCAGAAAGUUAUAGCGCCAUAGGACUCCAGUCUAAGGGCACUCCAAUUAAUGGCUGUGGAUCCCCAAUUUGAAAAAAAAGAUGUUAAAUACUUUAGUAUACCAAAAUCCACCAUUUCAAUCUGAUAGCUUUCAGUUUUAGGUCAUCAUCUAAAUAUUGAAGAAAGAGAGAUCAGAGAUUUUAGUUUUUUUGCAGUUUUAGGUUAUUUCAAACAUUCUGGUUUUGGGUUUUUGAAGUCCUUACUCUUUAGUAGCCAUUUUGAUAUUUUGGCCCUCUGCAUGCUGACAUGUUACUCUCAGAAACUAUGGUUGCAGAGAGGAAAUGCCUUUUAAUUGCUUUUACAAAAACGACAGACAGAAACCCAUACAUGAUAUAAACUUUUCUUUUAUUCUAUGCAUGAGAGGAGGCUUCAAUACAAAGAGUCUGACAGUAGCCUUUUAUAGUUCCAUUCAAAGCCAUUUCAUUGUCCUUAAUUCUUUUUUUCUUUUGUUUCUAUGUCUGGUUUCCUCUUUCUCAAAACCCCAAAUCCUAAUGAAAAAAAGGGAUUCAUUCCAAUAUCUUAAUAUUAUUAUCAAAAAGUUUUUAUCAACUAAACUAGCUGAAGACAAUUAGACCUAGUUUGCGUUACAGGUAAUACUAGAUAGAUGUGCAUUAUCACAAGUUAGGAUUGCAAAUUAACUACUGAAAAAGGUCUUAAUAAUUCCAUUUGGAUGAAAAUUGUGGCACAUUUGAUGGCAAAGAACUCAAUAAUUGUACCGUCCCAAUUUUUCAUCUGAAUAUUAUAAAAAUCCGUAUUUUUUAUAGCAAAGUCAUAAAACUUUCAAAUUAAAAUAAUAAUAUCUCACGAAUUUAGUCCGAAUCUCUAUGACUAUUUUUUUUUCAGAAUGGCAUCAGAGAUCAUUAAAGAAGUCACACAAAUAUGUUUCAACAAUAUUGCUUUACAGAUGCGUCGUCAAUCAUGGACGGUUCUGUUUAUAAAAUAAUCUAUUUUUCGUUUUUGGCAUUUUUCAAAUGGAAUAAUCAGGUAGAGGCUGGACAAACUUCCCAUACAUUUCGAUGAAAAUUUUGGUUAACCAUGUUCAAAUGGGUCCAUUAUAGACAAAGGGUCUUUAACUUAUUCUUACAAUUUUCAUCUUACUCUUAACUUUUUCUCUCUUU